AUGAACAGCGUAAGAAGUUAAUAAAGAAUAUCUGAAUGUCCACUUUUAUGUUAUAAAGAAUUCAGCCCUAGACUUAAAGGGCCCUUUUAUUAUCAAAGCUUACAUAAUGAAUCAAGAAAGUUACUAUCACCGUUUGGGAGUCAAAGAAAAAGCAUGGAUCCAAAAUUAAUGAUUCAUCUUAAACCUAUAUUGAUUCCAGAUUUAAUGGGAAGAAGUGAAAUUCAAUCUUUGAAAAUAAGAUGUCCACUAAUUUAAAGGAGUAAUAGAUCUUAAAGUUCAAAUGAAUAGAUAUAUGGAAUUUAUGGGAGUAAAUGGAAAAGGUUGAUUUCUUAAGGGAAGUUUUAUGUGAAACAAAUUCGUCAUUAAAAAAUAAUUUAUAGAUUCAAGAUAUAUGUAAGAGCAGUUUAACUUAUGUUAACAUAUUUUAAAUUUAAAAGGGCUAGAUAAUAAAAUAUGAAAAGUAGUAAAAGAAUAUCAAAGGCAAGAAUCUCUAUUUUUAAUAUAAGAAAAUAAUCUGGUCAGUCAACUUUGAUCCCACUUAUUUAAUAAUACUAAGCAGAAAUGUUAUAAAUGUAAAAUUAAAUAUUGAAUGUAUCUACAUCAGAUGUACAUAGUCCUCAAUCUCAAUGUUAAAAAAGAAAAUAAAAAACACUUUCUUAAAUAAGUUUCGAUCAUUUUCUUAAAAGACCCAUAUAAUAAUUCAUAAAAAAUAAGAAUCUUUCUUCAUAUUCAGAUCAUAAAUCAAAUUAACCUACUAAAAGAACUUGUAAGACUGAAUAAAGUCAUAAAAGAUUUGCAAGUCUUAGAUAAUUACAUCGCAAAUAGUAGAUGAAUUAAGCUUAUUCAUCUUAAUAAUGA